AUGAAUUUAAUAAAUAUUGGCAUUAGUGUUUUUAUUGGCAUUAUCACUUUUACUGUUUUUUCUAUUUAUUAUUUACAAUUUCGUUUUAUAUAUCUAUCAUGGGUUCCUAUGGGGUCUCGUACCCGAGUAGAACGACCUGAUGCUUAUCAAAUUCCUUAUGAAGAGGUUACACUUUCUACACCAGAUGGUAUUUCACUUCAUGCAUAUCUUUUAAUUCAUAACGAUUCACGUCCUACUCUUAUUUAUUUUCAUGCAAAUGCAGGCAAUAUGGGACAUCGUCUUCCCAUUGUUAAACGUCUUUAUUAUGAUGUACAAUGUAAUGUCUUGAUUUUUUCUUAUAGAGGAUACGGUCAUAGCACUGGAUUUCCUUCAGAAAAAGGCAUUAAAAUUGAUUCUUUAACAGUUCUUAAUUAUGUUCAUCAACAUCCAGUACUUUCAAAAACAUCAAUCAUUGCAUAUGGACAAUCCCUUGGUGGUGCAAUUGCUAUUCAGAGUGUUUCUGCGUGUCAGGAUAAAUAUUCUGCAUUAAUUAUCGAAAAUACUUUUCUUUCUAUUCCUAGGCUUAUAUUAGAUACAAUGCCUUAUAUGUAUAUAAUUAAAGGAUUAUUUCAUCAAUAUUGGUCUUCUGAAAAAUUGAUUUCCUCUAUAACUGACAUUCCAAUUCUUUUUCUUUCAGGAAAAAAAGAUGAAAUAGUACCUUUCGAUCAUAUGUAUUCUCUUUAUCAACUUUCUAGAACUAAAAAGAUUCUUAAAAUUUUUCAGGAUGGUAAACAUAAUGACACUAUCAUUCAACCUGGCUAUUUUGAAACUAUCUCUUCAUUUUUAAAACAAAAUCAUUUAUAUUAA